GUUGCACCAGCAUUGCUGAUCAUUUACCCAUUGACAUUAGCGCGUGGCCAUCGCGUUGUACAGUCACAGGACGCGUAGCAUUUGACAGCGUCGGACAAUAACAGAAGCGCGCGUGCUUUUGAGUGAUAAAGUUGUAUAUGUGUCGAGUGCGAAUAAAUAUUUUAUUUGUGUGUCAUUUUUUAUUAUAAAUUUUUGUAUAAAAUUAAUACUGAAUCAUGGAAGUGCCGGUGAGAGAAAGUCUUCUGUGGCGCAUACUCCCUGCACGCUACAUAUUAUCCGUUUUCGGCUCCAUAGGCUUUGCAAUAGUCUAUGGGCUGAAAGUAAACCUUUCUGUCGCUAUGGUGGGGAUGCUGAACCAUACUGCACUUAAAAAGGCUCAAGGGGAUUCUGAUGCACACGGCUCCGGAGGACCAGGGGAGUGCACAGCUCCUGGUGGAAGCAGUAACGCUACGGAAUUAGAUGGCCCCUUCACAUGGUCAUCGGAGGUCCAGGGCAUUGUCCUCAGUUGUUAUUUCUGGGGAUACUUCAUCUCGCAAUUACCUGCCGCCCGUAUCGCAGAGUUGUACUCUGCUAAAUGGGUGAUGUUCUUCAGUGUGUUCAUCAAUGUGGUGUGCACUCUGCUUACCCCCGUAAUGUGUAAUCUGCACUAUUCUGGCGUCGUGCUCAUGCGCAUAGGAGAGGGGAUUGGAGGGGGUGUAACGUUUCCCGCAAUGCACACGAUGCUGUCAAAAUGGGCGCCGCCAUCAGAGCGGAGCUUCAUGGCUGCACUGACUUACGCCGGGACCUCGUUAGGCACCGUCAUAUCGAUGCUGAUGGCUGGUGUACUCACUGCUAAUAUUGGUUGGGAGAGUGUAUUCUACGUAAUGGGUGGUUUGUCUCUGAUCUGGUGUGUGUUAUGGGUGGUGCUGGUGCAGGACACGCCUCAGCAGCAGAGGUUCAUGAAUGCUGAUGAGAGGACCAUGAUCCUUCAGGCUUUGGGCAAUCAAGAGAACCAAGGACCGAAGCAAAAGCAUCCAAUGCCUUGGGGAGCAGCGUUCAAGUCGCCAGCAUUCCUUGCGAUCCUGAUAGCACAUACUUGUUCCAACUUUGGCUGGUAUAUGGUGCUCAUCGAACUGCCCUUCUACAUGAAACAAGUCCUCAAGUUCAAUAUGACUGAGAAUGCGUUGGCAGUGUCUAUGCCGUUCCUUUCUCUCUGGUUCUUCAGCAUGGUCCUUAGUAGGACGCUGGACUGGUUGCGCGGGAAAAAGUAUAUUUCCACAACAACGGCGAGAAAAAUUGCUACUAUGUUCGCAUCGUUAGUGCCAGCCGUAUGUCUGCUUGCUAUCUGCUACAUCGGUUGCAACCGCAGCGCGGCCGUGGCGCUCAUGGCUAUAGCCGUCACCUCCAUCGGCGGCAUGUUCUGUGGUUUCCUAUCAAACCACAUCGAUAUCGCACCUAACUUCGCUGGUACAUUAAUGGCUGUCACCAACACCGUGGCAACUAUACCUGGCAUCGUAGUGCCUAUCUUCGUUGGAUACGUCACGGAUGGCAAUCAAACUAUAACAGCAUGGCGCAAAAUAUUCUUCACUACAAUCGGGUUGUACGCAAUUGAGUUAGUGACGUAUACAUUAUUCGGAUCUGGUGAGGAGCAACCUUGGAAUAAAGUGGAAACGGAACCUGAAGAAAGAGAAACAAAGCCCUUAAGGAAAUAAAGAAACUGAAAACUCUCUUACCAAAAUGUAAUAAGGUUUAGAAUUGAAAUAUUGCCAUAAAAUGACAGAGAAAUUUUAGUUUAUUAUUAUUACUAGUACUAAAACGUUGAUUAUUAUAUGUUUCGGCUUACUCACGUUACUGUUUGACGAGGAACUCGACUAGUUUCAAGCCAUACUAGAGGCUCAUAUUCAUGAGCAACAUUCUACGACACAGGACACGGCGACUGUCGAAACUAGUCGAGUUUCUCGGCAAGUGAGUAACUCGAAAAACAUAAUAAUUAAUAUAGUAUAUCUCACGAAAAUUAUAAUAUAAACCCUGAAAUGUUGUUAAAUAUGUGUCUAUACUCUAUUCAUUAAAGUGCUGAGGUAUAAUAGGUAUCUAUUUAGAUCUUAAUAAUACUAGCCUACAGAUCAAUUACAAUGAGAUAUUAUAUUCUCAUGAUUUGAAGACAUGAUUGUCCAAUGCUAUCGGAGAGAGGUGGGGAUGGAAGACCUAACAGUGAAAACAAAAAUUGGUUGCUAAGGUACUUAAAUAGUAUCUUUUCAACUCUAUUACAAAAUUAUAUGAUAUAAAAUCGAUUAAAGAAAAUUCACGACUUAGUAUCGGGUUCUUUUUGUCCUUACCACUAUCGGAACUUUCAGCUAAUAUUAAUGAUAUUUACACCAAUCUCAAAUUGGAAUUUGAAAUUAAAAUAAAAUCAAAGACAGAGAGAGGUUCAUUCGAGUUUUAUCUUUAUUUAUUUAUACGCUUUAACUGUUUUAGGUAAAGUAGAUAAAGCAAUUUAUUAGAUAGAAGCUUGUAGUUUAAUAAAUUAAUGAAAUAUUAUGUAUGUACAAUAGAUUUUAUUACUUUUUUGACGAUCUUAUAAAUUGUACUUACGUAUGUUGUAAAUUCAUAUAAGUAUUUCAUAUUAAAAAAGGUUACUGAAUUCUUAUUCAUACGUCUGAUUUUUAAUAGGAUCUCUAACAAAAUUGCUUUCGGAAAAGUAUUACGAAUUGAGACUGUCAUAUAUUUUUUUAUUUAUAAUUAUGUACUGAUUCUAAUCUUGUUAAAGUACCAUAAUAAGUUUUGCAUUAUAAUAAAAACAUAUCUAAUCUAAUAAAUAACUACUGUUGUAUUAGUUUUGCGCAAACAAUUCAAUGUUUUGCGCUAACCAAUCAACUUUUAGCGCAAUCUGACCAAUAAUUUGCGCAAAAUGAUCAAUGACUUGUGCAAAUCUCAUAUUUUUUUGACAGAUAUUUUUAAUUUAGAUUUAAGCGUACCAAAUGUAUUUUUGUACUUAUUCCCCUGAAAUAAAGCUGAAUAUUGACUGACAAAAACAUAUUCUGAUAUUUAUAAUGCAUUUAAAUGAUAAAGACUUGCGGUUUAUAUAUUAAUUGCUUGGUAUAUAUUGUAGAUUAGCUUGUCAAAGACAAUGUGUACGUUUAAAAGUGAAAAUGUUUUAAUAAAUAAACGUUUUUAUGUG